CAUCCAGAAAAGGUCACAGUUUGGUGCGGUUUAUGGGCUAGCGACAUCAUUGGACCGUACUUCUUCAAAGAUGAUGCGAAUCGUAACGUAACUGUGAAUGAUUUAGAAUCUUAGGCUAUGAGUUUGGUAUAUCUGUGAUGGGUGAUGUUGAAUACGUCCGUCAUUGGUACCAUAUUCCUCAAAUUGUGCAUUAUGUGAAGUUCAUCAACAUCAUGGCCUAUAAUUAUAGCGCUGAAAUUGAAUUUGUGGACAGCUAUGAAAGGAAAUUCCAUGCUCCCAUAAAUAAAGUGAAAUCAACUAUUGAAUAUUGGCUUUAUAGUGGUGCUCCAGCUGAAAAACUGAACUUAGGCAUAGCCUUAAUUGGACGCAUUUUUACCAAAAUAGGACCUCCACGCCAUGAAACAUUUGUGUACUUACGGGUGGUGGAAAAUCUUGGAAAACAUGAUGGCAAAUAUACAUUCAACACUGACUUGGGGGCAAGCCAAGUGUUUUUUCCAGAUGAGUAUAAGGCCUUUUAUGAAUCUGAACAAGGAGUUCAAAUGAAAGUGGAUUUUGCCAAGCAGAAAGAGUUGGGGGGUGUCAUGAUUUGGACGCUAGAUAACGAUAUUAGUUUUAAACCCUUUUAUCCUUUGUUUUCACUUAUAUUUCGAAUGUUUGACAAGGGAUUUUAAUGUGAUCAGAGCAAAUGUUGCUUAGCUAUUCAACCUAAAAAUUGUUGGCCAUUUUACAUGAAGAACAGAUAUUGAAGAACAUUUAAAAUGGCAUAUUGUGUACGAAUU